CUGUUGUUGCGUUGUGUCCGUCGGCAUGGAUUCGGAGAGUGGAGAGAAAGAUGAGGGCCUCGGGAGUAGUGAUAUAUUCCUCAGAGCAGACCAGAUUGAUUUGAAGAGCUUAGAUACUGAAUUGGAGAAGCAACUGAGUGAGACAAAGAGAAAAGACACAGACGUCAUCGAAGGGCCCAAGGAGGAAUGGCAGAUCGAUCUAUCUAAGCUGGAGCUUCAUCAUGUUAUAGCUCAGGGGACAUACGGUACUGUGUAUCGAGGAACUUACGAUGGGAAGACUGUUGCAGUCAAAGUGUUGGACUGGGGAGAAGAAGAUGGCAUGGCCACAGAUGCCGAAACUGCUUCUCUUCGAGCUUCGUUUCGUCAGGAAGUUGCUGUUUGGCAUAAGCUUGACCAUCCAAACGUUACAAAGUUUGUGGGGGCAUCGAUGGGAACUACAGAUCUCAAGAUUCCACAAAAGGAUUCCACAAGCAGUGGCCACGCUUCUCUUCCGGCUCGAGUACGUUGUGUCGUCGUCGUCGAGUAUCUUGCCGGGGGAACACUGAAGCGAUACUUGAUCAGGAACAGCGAAAGAAAGCUUGCCUACAAAGACGUGGUUCGGCUUGCGUCGGAUCUAUCCAGAGGAUUAAGCUAUCUGCAUUCGCAAAAGAUCGUGCAUCGUGAUGUCAAAACUGAGAACAUGCUAUUGGACGGCCGUGGAAACCUCAAAAUUGCUGAUUUUGGGGUUGCUCGAGUUGAGGCUCAGAAUCCCAAAGAUAUGACUGGCCAAACGGGUACUCUUUGGUACAUGGCGCCGGAGGUCCUUGAUGGUAAGCCUUACAAUAGAAAAUGUGAUGUAUACAGCUUCGGCAUAUGCUUAUGGGAAAUCUACUGCUGUGACAUGCCAUAUCGUGAUCUGAGCUUCGCUGAAGGUUCUUCUGCUGUCGUUGGACAGAAUCUGAGACCUGAGAUCCCACGGUGUUGUCCGAGCGGUAUGGCAAGCAUCAUGCGCAAGUGCUGGGAUGCCAAUCCAGAUAAAAGACCUGAUAUGGAUGAGGUUGUAGGGCUUUUGGAGGCGCUGGACACGAGCAAAGGAGGUGGGAUGAUACCUGAAGAUGCGGCACACGGUUGCUGGUGCUUAAUCCCAAAACGCGGUCCGUAGGCACUUUCCAGCAAUAUCCAAUGGUCCUGUAAAGGCCAAACCUGUCCAGCAAUAUCAACGAUGCGUAGCAUUUACUGCACAGCUCUAAUUUCUAAUGAG